AAGAAAUACUCCAAAGCAAUCCUGUACUUAUUAGUUAUUUCAUAAAGGAAGGAAUAACCUUUACUGCAGUAUUUCGUUUUCGAUGUCACAUGUCUUUAUUCUUCCUCUUGAUCAUCGCAGAGACCAAUGCUGGAGGAAAAUUUUCUGUUUGUUCAUUCUUCUUCUAGUCUCUUGCAGGUUAGAUCGGAAUGAAUCAGCCACAAACACAUGGUCGGAUUGUGUGUUCGUUUCUUCAUUUACGCCACAGAUACUUGUGAGAGAAAGGUCAUGCGACGCAAAUUUUGUCAAGAGUUUAAAGGAAAAUAGAGACGGAACAUUYCGUUCGAAGAUACCACCUCCGUCGAAGACGAGGCUCCUCAAUCACCAUUUAACAUCACAUUCUGAGUUCCCAUCCUCUGUACCCCUAAAAAAAGGUCCAGCACCAACUGAUUGGGUGAUCGUGGAGCAGUACCCAAUGGUUCCUUCUGAUGGAAUCGAUCCAUAUCAUAUCCUUGAUAAUAAUAUUCGAGGGAUUGUUGCCAAUAACGGCAACAAUGACGGCACAGAGAAGUUUCUCAAUACACUCGAGCGACUUAAUGUCACCGCAAACAACUUAACUCUUCCGAUCGCCUUAAUGGGGAUAGAUUCUUCACGGUACCCAUCCUUGAGCAAUGCAAGAAAAGCUUGUCGUCAGGGUAAAAUUGCACUUUACUCAACGACAACGACAAAACCUUCACCGCCUUCUUCUGGUCAAUUUCGUAAGGGACUGGUGGGGGAUCGUGUACAUCCACAGGACUUUAUCGCAAGACGAGAAUUAUACAAAAAUAUCCAGAUAAACGUGUCUUCGUCACCGCUGGCUUCGACAUCAUAUAAUACUCUCGGUGAUGGAUUUGUGAAAUCCAAAUUCCAGAAUCUCCCCAUUGCGUACGAAGACGAUUACAUGGCUAUCAUUGUCAAACCCGCGGGUCUUUUGAUCCAUCCACAGGGAAAAAAUGGAAGCUGGGGACGAAAAAACAAUGUGUUAAACGCUCUUCCAUAUUUUUUGCGCCGGCCAUCGGCAAUCGGCAGCACGAAGGCCAACAAUGAGGAGGAGGAGGAGGACCGUACCAUUUUGGACAAGCCCGUUCCCGUUCAUAGACUCGAUUUUGCCACCAGUGGCUUGCUUGUAACCGCAAAGACAAAGGGUGCUUCGAGGUUGCUGUCACAAGAAUUCGAAUACCGAAAAGCGCAAAAGACUUAUACGGCGAUGGUGUAUGGAAUUCCCGUGGACAACGGUUAUUGCGAUAACAACGAUUCGCCGUUGGAACUUCCGUCAUUUUUUGGCCCAAAGGAUCAAGAUGCAAGUGCAAUAGGAAACAACACGACUGGUGCUAUCAAAGAUUCGAUUGUAGACAACGGAAAUAYUCUUGAUGAUGAAGGCAGCAUGGAAGACGACGACUGUAAUUGGGAGGGUUGGAACCUUGGAAAUUGUCUUCUUGACGCCAAAUUGGCCACAACACGAUGGAGGUUGUUAGGGUCACACAACUGUUCCGUGCCAAUCCAGUAUCACCAUGAUAAUGAGACUGUUACUACUGGCACAGCAAGUAUACCCAUAUCAAUUGUAGAGAUGAAACCCAAAACCGGUCGCUAUCAUCAAUUGCGUCGUACCAUGUCUUGGCUAUACAAGACYCCCAUUGUUGGCGAUCCCAUUUAUGGAACGAAUUUUGUCGAAAAAAACUUUUUACCACAGAAUGCGCAACUGAUUGAACAGAAACAAAUGCGAGAUUAUAGUGCCAGCCUGAUGUUAUGCUCGAACGAAGUCGACGUUGCCCAUCCAUAUUUCAACACCGCAGCUGGCCGAAUCGAAUGGGAAACGAUGGAUCGAACGAAUAAGUUCAGGGAGACAAAUAGCGGAAAUAAAAAGACAAAGAAACCACCUACAUCCUCAUCGAUGACGUCUUCAUCACUGUACGAAGCUACGGACGGUGUUGUUCGGGUGGCUGCAUCGACUGAGCUCCCGAAAAAGUUCACAAAGUUCAUUAAUAUGAUGGAGCGCAAGAAGAAACAGGCAGCUGCCAAGGGGAACGAGGAAUAGAUUGGAAAUCCGAAGCUAGUGAACAAAUAGUAGCAAUUUUCAAAAUAGAUCGAUUCCACUUUUUAUGUAUGCUUUUCUUCCUGAUCUAGCUCUUCAAAGACACAAACGAAAAUCCACCAUCGUCGUAGCUUCGAUGUUGAAUUUCUAAUUCUGAAAGACGUAUACACCGAUCUGUGUUUGCCACUUUAGGAAUCAGCACACCCAAUGGUUAUAAAACUAAAAUAAUCCU